UAAAAUAAAAUAAAUCAGCAAGAUUGCGUUCGGAUAUUUUGUGGCUCCAUCGUGACGUCGCCCGUGGACACACACGCACGCGCGCCAACACACGGGCUGAAGGGGAUGCCCGCGUGACUGCAGGGAUGCAAAAGGAGGCGGAAAGAGGAUGAGGGGGUCGGACGUGCGCGCGUGGACCACCACAAACUCCCUCUAAGAUGAAAAUGGCAAAGAUCGGACAUAGUUUCCGAGGGCAGACUUCCGCCUCGCUGCUGUGCGUGUGUUCGAAACCCUCGAUGAUAUCCGGGUUCUGUUGACUUCGAGGUAAUUAAACCCCUCGAAUGAUCUGAUCUCAUCCGGGGCUGAUGUUUCCCUGACAGACGUAGGAUGUAAACGCGCGCACAUGUUCGAGUGCAUCACGGCGUCUCUCCGUCGCGCGUGAAACAACAAGGCAUCAUCAGCUGAUCGUGGAAUCUGCGGCCUGCUCUGUCAUUACCGCAAUGGCACCGCGGGAUGGAGGAGGCAGGACCAAGAGAUGGGAGCAGAUCAACCCAAAAGAGCAUCAGAAGCCUCAUAGUGUGGGACAGGCAUGAAGAGAUGACUGUUGUUGUAGAAACGCUAAAGCCAUCUGAGUGUGCUGGCCAAAACGUCAAAUGAGGUAUCACUGUUCAUGCUGCUGUCUGCAGUGUGUGUGAUCCUCAGUCUGGCCGGGUCAAUGCUCUCGUGUCAGAACGCACAGAUGGUCAAAUCUAUGCUCACUUGCCAGGUGGAGAACGGGCUGUGUGUGUGUUGUGCACCUACUCACUCGUGCUCCAUCACAGAGGAGGAGACUCUGGUCCUAUACCUGAAUGCUGACUGCCACUCAAUCAGACAUCAGCUGAAGGACCUGCUGUUCAGUGCAUGUGGCCUGAGCAUCCUCUCCACCAUCAUCUGUACUUUGUCCACUGUGACCUGCAGUAUCCACAUAUUCUCCUUGGAUCUUGUGCACUUGCUGGCCCCUCAUCGUUCUCGUUCUGUCAACCCCGAAUGCACCACGCCGCAGGACGCCUUCCUGACCAACAUCAUGGACUUUGAAGAGUUUGUUCCACCCAUUCCUCCUCCACCCUACUAUCCUCCAGAGUACACCUGCAGCUCCGAGACAGAUGCUCAGAGCAUCACCUAUAAUGGCUCCAUGGAGAGCCCUAUUCCUCUCUACCCCACUGACUGCCCGCCUCCUUAUGAAGUUGUGAUGGGACAAAGAGCCGCCAGCCAGGCCACAGUGUUUGACCCCUAUGGCACCGAGCUGUCUGGAGAAAGAGGAACUUCCACUGCCUUCAGUGGAGAAGUGUCCAUGGACAGCGGAUCUCUGUUAAUGUCAGAAAUUAUAGACAUCCCUGAUGACUCCUCCCCCUCUGAGGACUCCUGCUUGAUGGAGGUAGGAGGGAGAAACCAGGGGAGCAGGAGCAGCAGGACUGCUACUGAAGGAGGAGAAAGAGGCGCAGGAGGGGAGUGUAUUAGUUUCCGUGGUCCUGCCUCUCAGACAGCAGAAAGUCCUCUGGCAGGAGGACCCAGAGCCCGGCGCUUUCUCAGAGGAAGAGGAGAGAGGUCCAACUCCUGCUCCUCACCCAGUACAGCAACCGCCACAUACCGGUCUCCAGUAAUGUGCCGCCAGACAAUGCUGGCUCGUAGCUGUUCCCAGCUCGAGGCAAUAGGAGGUUCUGACUCUCAGCAACGCUGCUCUGUCCCAGAGAUUCAAGUUCGCUUCUCCGCGGCCUCAGAUCAAGUACCUGCAUCAGCCUCCUCUGCUGCCAGUGAGCACGCUGCUACAGGAAACGGGCUACCGCUCCCUCGCCAACCCCUCUACCUUCGCAGAAACCUAGGAAAGAAAGACACAGAAAAUAUGAAACAGGCUAACGAAAGCCUUCUACGCCUUGUGAGGUCUCACAGUGAACCAGGGCUUGGCUCCUCCACUGAUACAGUCAACUUUGGCUCUAGAAGCAGUAAGGAUGGUUCUCACAUGUCUACAGACACAGGGCCAUCCUCUGGAGCAUGUCUGUUGUCCCACACCUGCUUACCUCCUGCAGAAAUGUUACCCAGGAAGAGUGGCAUAAAAUCAGCAGCCAUAGAGGUACAGGUCCACUUCAAACCUCUGCCCACCUCACCAUUGUCUUUACCCAAAGACUACCAGCGUUCUUUAGGAGACCUCAAGGUGACUCGGGUUCUGAUGGCUCGCUUUUUGCAGCGGUCCAAACGUAACCUAGCACCCUCCUCUGAACAUGCUGGGAGUACAGUGCAAGGACCUAAGAGGAGGAGUGGAACUGAAGCUGCUGCCACCAACCACUUGACUUUGGAGCAAGUUUUCCUCAACCCCUGGAGCACCAGCCGAGGACACCCCAACCAUCAUCCACAUCACUCUCAUCGCCGUGGACAUCACCAUUCCCACAGUGACAGUCGACACAACCGGCAUCACAGCAGCUGUACGCCAGAGGGUAUCCACCUUCGCAGCUGUGGAGACUUAACCUCUUCCUCUUCUGCAUCUCUGCGUCGAUUAGUGACACCUCAUCCAUCACAUGGGUCAUCAGGAGCUCUCUGCUCAGAAUCUGCACUCUGAGGAGGGUUAGACGCUGAAUGAAAGAUGUAGGAAGAACAUAAGAGGCAUUGGGAUUGAGACAGGGAGACAAAACAGACUGAAAAUAAGAUGAAUCUACAGCAGGUGGAGACACUCAGUUCUAAAAUGUGAAAGUCUUCCCUCC